AUGGAUGUGAAUUCACUCAUGCCAAAGGGUGCAACAUAUUCUGGAUUGCUUGUUUUUCUCUCCAUAAAUUGCCCUUCAUUUUAUGAGAAUGCCUUGUUUUGUUCUUCAGAAGAAGAGAUCGAAUCGAUCAAGAGAUGUGGAUUCGUUCACAAGGAAGGGCUUUAUGCGAUUUUCGAUGGUCACUCCGGUCGUGAAGCUGCAGAAUAUUUGCAAUCACAUCUGUUUGAUAACAUCUUGAGUGAGCCUGAUUACCAGGCAAAUCCGAAACGUGCAAUCAAGAGGGCAAGAUGUAAGGUUACUGAUAAUGAGAUUUUGGAUGGAGUAGUGGCUGAAUUCAUAAUUUUGGGGAGUGAUGGCUUGCGGAAGGCUUAUGAUUGCAUCGCCGAUUUGGACAAUGCUGAAGAAGCAGCAAAGAAGUUGAUUGAAGAGGCAUUAGCCAGGGGAAGCAUGGAUGAUAUCUCUUGCAUAGUUGCAGCUUUUCUCUAA